CAGACGAGACUAAAUGACAUGUGAACAGAACGAACUAUAAAUGAAUAUGGUUCAGCUUAAAUAUCAAGAAUGUAAAAAUGGCCAUUUGUUUUUAAGAAAAUGGCUGUAGUUUUUCAUCAAUCCUAGCACCAUGUCACAGUGGGAUCCACUACCCACCACACUUACAACCUUUGGACCUCUGAGUUCUGAAGAACAACAAUCCUCCGGUUUCCUGUAUAAGCUUCUAAAAAGGACACAAAGAGAUGAUAAGGAAAGUUCUAAGUCAUCCAGCAGCUCGCGUGAAGUGUCUGUAGAAAGGGAGAAGACUCUUCCAACAGUAGUCCCAGAAUCACUCAAGAAACAAACAGAUAAUGAGGGAGGGAGUGAUGAGGACAGUGGGAGGAGUCGAGCAUCCUCAGGCAGUGAGUAUACUCGACAGACAUCCAUCACCAUGCAGCAAAUGGCCAACAGAACUCGAUCCAGUGUUCUCACUCGCCUCAGUAAAAUCCUGGAGGGGAGGAAUGUGACCCCUCAAGCAUAUAAGGACAGUGACUUUAAGCAGUACUGGAUGCCUGACAGCAGUUCCAGAGAGUGUUAUGAUUGUGGUGACCGAUUCACCACCUUUAGACGGCGGCAUCACUGUCGAGUGUGUGGACAGAUAUUCUGUAGUAGAUGCUGUAAUCAGGAACUACCAGGACGCAUCAUAGGCUAUAAAGGUGGUAUCCGUGUUUGUACAUACUGCGGUAAGGUGGCUCUCAGUGCCUUGCAGACAGAACCCACAGGGAACAUGCAUGUAGAGAGUGAUGAACUGGGUAACUCCACUGAAAUAGAGCAGUCUUCUCACCAGAUCUGGGGCACCAAAGGGAGCAGAUUAUCCACAGACCAAGGCUCCUUAAGAGGUAUAAACCCAAACUUCACCAGUCAGGAAUCAGUGACAGACUUCUGUACGGAGCACAUCGAUGCCAUUGAUCCUAAAAUCCUGGAGGACUCUGCACAGCUACGAGAGUUAUGGCGGAAGCUUUUGGAUCCUGUAUCUGGUGUAGAAAUGCAGAGCCACCGAGUCAAACUCAGCACAUACAGAAACUGUGUCAGUGGGAAUCGUGUGGUGGACUGGCUUAUGAGGAAUGAUAAGGUGGCUCAAAGAUUACAGGCUGUUGCUAUAGGACAGGCUUUGUUAGAUGCUGGGUUUCUAGAAACUAUUGCUGGUCAACCAAAAGUGUUUCAUGAUGAUUUCACUCUGUACAAGCCUUCAGAGACCUCCCCCGUAGAUCCACCCCAGAUAGAUGUGAAAGAUGUUGAAUCUUCAGAACAGAGUAUGGAGCCAGAAUGGUUCAAAUCCAUACAGUCAGAUAUGUCUAUUGAAGAAUUUUCAGCUUCAGAAGACUUCACUGAAUCUAAGGAUCCAAGGGCCUUGAAGAAAAAGAGUUCCUUUACAGUUAGUCAGGAUUAUAGAACAAAUAGCUCUAAGCAAGACAAUGAUGGUGUGGAGUUUGAACCUCUACCUAGGACUGACUUAGAGGGACUAGGAGGCCAGGAUGAUUUGAUAUCAGAUUCCAUGUUUACCAGUUCUCAGACUGUCACAGCAGAACAUCUGUCCAGUAUGAACAGAGGGUGGAGGCACAUUGAUGCACUGAGAGAGGAAAAUGGAGAGAAAGCAGCUUUCAUAAAACUCAGGGAUGCCCACAAAGACCACCUGCGAGAUUUGGCCAGUCAGAUGUUGACACAGGAGGGACUGUCCAAGUCCUGGCUGGACAUCAUACUGGGCACAGCUGACCGUAUCAGUCGUUAUGUUUGUCCUGAUGUGAGAGUAGAGAAUGACCACAUGGACAUUAGGAAAUACAUCAAGUUCAAAAAGAUCCCAGGAGGCAACAAGGAACAGACAUGUAUGAUUCAUGGGAUGGUGUUCACCAAAAAUAUUGCCCAUAAAAAAAUGGCCAGUCAAAUUACCAACCCCCAGAUCCUACUGAUGAAGGGCUCUAUUGAAUACCAGAGGAGGAUUAACAAAUUCUCAUCUCUAGAGCCUCAAAUAUUACAGGAGGAAGAGUUUUUGAGGAACAACAUAACUAAGAUAGCCUCCCUGAAGCCCCGCCCAGACAUACUUGUAGUGGAGAACACAGUGUCUCGUCUGGCCCAGGAAUUCCUGUUACAGGAGGGCAUCACACUUAUCUUCAAUGUUAAAAUGAGUGUGUUGGAAAGACUAGCCAGAUUUACCCAAGCCUGUAUAGUGCCAUCAAUUGAUAGCAUCGUGAGUGGACCAAUCAUCUUAGGCUUUUGUCACAACUUUAAGCUCUGCCACUUCACACUCCCUCAUGGUGAGACAAAGACCAUGCCUUGUUUUGAUGGCUGUGCUACACAUCUAGGAUGUACAGUCACACUUAGAGGGGGAACUGUUAGUGAACUUAAAAGGCUGAAGAAGAUAAUGAAGUGGAUGGUGUUUGUCUCCUACCACUCCAAACUGGAAAUUUCAUUCUGUAUGGAUGAGUUUGCUCUACCAGUCAAUAAGGCCCAGACCAAUGCUGUAUCCCCUGGUAUGGACGACCUGUCUGGCUCAAUGGAGGUCCCCCAGCCACCGUCCUCAAGGCAGCAGGCUACCCCUGACGAGAUGGUUCCCAUUCCUGAGGGGCAGGAAGAAGUGGAGGGACUACCUGUGGUUCCCAGUGGGAUUAACAUGUGUGAUGUGGAGAAAGGGAAGGGCAUGAAUGAGGAAGGAUUGAAGACGGUGAAAAGUUUUAGUGAAAUAAAAGAAAGUGAGGUGGUUGUAGAAAUUCAGGAUUUUGAAAAUCAGGACAAUGCAAGUAAAGCUAAAGAUUCAGAGAAUGUAAAGGAAAAGAAGGCAGAAGAGGUGGUCAUCAUUCAAGAGGAAAGCCCAACUGUUCUCAUUGAAUCAGACAGGAUUGUGAUUCAGCCUGACAGCAGUGUGGGUGUACCUGUAGAUCAAGUGAGUGAAAACACCUCGGAGAAUCACGGAGGUUAUAAAAUGUUUACCAGAGGAAGUCGGCCAUCGUCUGCCAAACACCCUGUGGGACUGGAGAUAUCUGAUCAGUCCGAUCCGCUGUAUAAUUACCAGAAAAACAAAGACGAGACAAUCUUCUACAGCUCCCACACACUCCAGGAGAAAUCUCUGAAACACUGUCAGAAAUUCAACAAACUUUUAAAAGAGGUCAUUCUUUCCAGUUCGCCAUUCAUCAAUUAUGAAUUGCCCUAUCUGGAGACAGAGGAAGGGUCUAUGUGCAACAACAGGAAGUUUUUCCCUGAGGAGAUUUACUGGUCCCAGUACUUUGAGUCAGAGAAUCAACAGGAGAAGAAAAAGAGUAAGAACAUUGACUACCAGUCCCCCGUGAAGAAGCCGGUGUUAGAGUGGUCCAGGGUGGAGGUGGUAGAGGCCCACCCUCUAGUGGUCAGUCAGCUCUGUCUCCCUAUCACAGACAAGUCAAUGCAGGACAUGCUGGCUGACUUUAGAGCAAGAGGAGGGAGAUUAAAACUAAACUAUGACAAGCUACCCAAGGGACCUGUGAUAUCUUAUGACAAAAAAGUUGCUGUGCCAUCUAGUGAUAAAGCUGUCACUCAGAAUGGGACACUUAAACCUAAAGAAGUGGAAAGCCCCAAAAGGAUGCCUACUAAGCUUGAUUGCCUGGACUUUGCCCAGCAUCAGAGAUUGGUGGUUCUACUCAGCAGUUAUUCUGAGAAGUCAGAGAACCACCCCAUGCCUUGUCUUCCUCCUCAAUUAAUUACAAUGGAAUUUUAUGGAAGCCAGGACAUAACACUUGGUGGAUUCCUUGAAAAGUUCUGUUUCAGGGAAUCCUACUCCUGUCAGCCCAACGUGUGUACUUCAGCUACCUGUGAUGUCCCUAUGUUGGACCAUGUUAGAAGGAUCAUUAACAGCAAUGGUGCCAUUUAUAUCUCCCUGAGAAAACUUCCCAACUGUGUUCCUGGGGGAGAGAAGGCACUGAUGAUGUGGAACUGGUGUAGGAAAUGUAGACAGGCCACACCUCUUGUUCCUAUGAGUAUGGACAGCUGGAACAUGUCUUUUGCUAAGUACUUAGAGCUUCGAUUCCAUGCAGCCUCCUUUGUCAGAAGGGUGGGGUCAGAGCCAUGUAGUCACUCCUUACAUCAUUUCUUCAGUCAGUACUUUGGACACAGAAACAUUGUGGCUACCUUCAAAUACUACCCAAUAAGCAGAAAAGAAAUUGUUCUUCCUCCACCAAUCAUAAGCAUUGAAGAUGGAAUGCAAAAAUCUCAUUGGACGAGACUCAAAGAUGAAGUCAGAUCCCUAACUUCAAAAUGUACAGACAUGUUUGCUUCUAUUCACACCACCAUUGUGAACACUAACUGUGAUGCCCAUAAUGAGACCCUAAGUAAACUCAUCACAGACUACAAGGCCAUUAUUCCAACAGAGAAAAGCAGAAUAAAAGACUUGGCGGAUAACACAAGACAGUUGCUAGCAGAUAUCUGGGUAGAUAUUGACAGUGGCACUGACACUAGAGAUAUAACAGAACAGCUUUAUCUAAUGCAGGAUAAUGUUGUUAGAAUAAAACGACUUAUAGCAGAUGCCAUACACAACUGGAACCUCAAGUUACAAGAGCUGAUAACCCAACAAAAGAAAUUCAACAAACAGGCCAGAAAAGAGGCAACACCACCCCCACAGGAAGAUGACAGCAAACUG